CACCAACCCACCCACCGCCCACGCGAUUGCCUCCAACCUUAAUUCCAACCUCACACGCCUUCCGCAAAGACCACCGUCGUGAGGAAGGAACGGGCGAAACCCCUGCCCAAUAUGGCCGACGCACAUUUGACAAAUGAUGAGUUCUUCGCUCAACUAGCGAGCCUCUUCGAGCACAAUCGCAAAACAGGGCACGGCACCGUGUAUCUGACGCAAAAGCGACUCGCAUAUGGAACUGAUGCAUCUGCCGAAGCAAAAGCGGAAGAUCCAUUAUGGGACGCCCAUCCCGAACAGCCUCUACCGAUCCUGAUUCGAGCGUCGAAUAAUAAAUCAUCGAAAAGGAAGGGUGCGGGCCGACCUGGCUCAGAGCGCGAUAAUGCUACGAAAACGAAGACGUCUACGGUGGUCCAGCCUGAUCAAUUGGAGGCAUUUUAUGUGCGGUACGCGGAGGCCUGCAGGGCCGGAAUGAGUGGGUUGAAGAAGAGGGAUCGCACGAAGAAGAAGAAGGAUAAGAAGAAGAAAAAGGGAGCUGCUGGUGAAGUCAAGGGAUGAAGCACUGGAAAGAGGAAAUUCUUGAAUAAUCCAAAAGUCCGAUGGACGUCGCCCACGUCCUUUCGCCAUUAGUACGGUGCACGAUUGGUACCAUUUCCAUGGUGCAAUGUUAAUAGAGGGCAGCGAUAGGCGGCUCUCCCUCACAUAAGCAACACCUGUCGCGUAGGGAAGCGGAAGAAGAAUCAGGCAAGACAACAUUCACGUCAGACAAUUCAGAUCAAUAUCGAGAAGAUUAUGGCGCAUACGACGUCUGGAGAGGUCACUUCCUCAAAUCACCAAUUGGACUCAUUAUGACUCUCCUUGAUUGUGCCACAAGAAACUACGUAGGCUUGCUGCUUUUGAAUAUCUUGAAACUAAGAGGCAAGGGCUGCCCCAUCCACGUUGCUCGCUGUGAAUGGUCUCUUUCCUCUUCGUCCGUAUUAGGAUGGAUAAGU